UCUCUCUCUCUCUCUCUCUCUCUCUCUCUCUCUCUCUCUCUCUGGAGCUGAUGUGAGAGGUGGGACAAAGUCUCAGGCUGUUAAAAAACUACCUCCAGUUUCUUUGUAAAGUUCAGCGACUUUUCUUUUAAACAAGCGCGCGCCAUGGCCGGGCUGAAGUACCUGAGCGGUUUUGGCAAUGAGUUCGCCUCAGAGGAUCCUCGCUGUCCUGGGGCUCUACCUGAGGGCCAGAACAGUCCACAGGUGUGUCCGUACGGACUGUAUGCUGAGCAGCUCUCAGGCUCGGCCUUCACUUGCCCACGAGGAACCAAUAAGAGAAGCUGGCUGUACCGGAUACUACCUUCUGUUCAGCACAAACCCUUCUCUCCCAUAACCUGUGGAAACCUCACUGAUGACUGGAAUGAAGUGGAACCUGAUCCCAACCAGCUUCGGUGGAAGCCGUUUAUCAUCACUAAAGCUCUGGAGAAGAAGGUGGAUUUUGUAGAGGGUCUGCACACAAUCUGUGGUGCUGGAGACUCGAAAUCUCGCAAUGGGAUCGCCAUCCACAUAUACACCUGCAACACGUCGAUGAUUGACAGGUGCUUCCAGAACUCGGAUGGUGAUUUCCUCAUUGUGCCACAACAAGGUGAAAUCUUGGUCACCACCGAGUUCGGGAAGAUGAUGGUGGAGCCGAAUGAGAUCUGCGUCAUUCAGCACGGGAUGCGUUUCAGCGUGGACGUGUUUGGAGAGACCAGAGGUUAUAUCCUGGAGGUCUAUGGCGCUCACUUCGAGCUGCCGGACCUCGGACCCAUCGGAGCUAAUGGACUCGCUAAUCCUCGAGACUUCCUGACUCCUGUGGCUUGGUUUGAAGAUCGCACCGUAGCCAGCGGUUACACCAUCAUCAACAAGUACCAGGGGAAGCUCUUCUCCUGUCAGCAGGACUUUUCACCUUUUAACGUGGUGGCGUGGCACGGAAACUACGCUCCCUACAAAUACAACCUGGAGAACUUCAUGGUCAUCAACUGCGUAGCGUUCGAUCACGCUGAUCCGUCCAUUUUUACCGUCCUGACGGCCAAAUCCACUCGGCCCGGUGUCGCCAUUGCUGAUUUUGUCAUCUUUCCACCUCGCUGGGGAGUCGCGGAUCACACCUUCAGACCUCCGUACUAUCACAGGAACUGCAUGAGCGAGUUCAUGGGAUUAAUCAAGGGUCGCUAUGAGGCAAAGGAAGAAGGUUUCCAGUGCGGAGGAGCGAGUCUGCACAGCAUGAUGACCCCUCACGGCCCCGACGCUGACUGCUUUGAGAAGAACAGCACGGCUAAGCUCAAACCCGAGAGAGUCGCUGAGGGAAACAUGGCCUUCAUGUUCGAGUCGUCCUUCAGCAUGGCGGUCACCAAGUGGGGCCUUGAGACGUGCCAGCGUCUGGACAAGAGCUACUACAAAUGCUGGGAGCCUCUGAAGAAACAUUUUAACCCAAACUGGAAACCUGGCAGCAUGUAAACAGGCCACGGUGCAGAGCGCAAGAAGCCUUAAUUAUCCCCGUUAAUUAUCCAUGAGUCAUUAUCCUCUUCCUAUAUAUGGAUAUAUACCAACUGCAGUGGCAAAGUAUUACAGCAUAGACAUGCGGAGUUAAAGCUGAAACCCUGAAAGUUGCAAUAAAAUCAAAUUUAAUCACGAACAAA